AUGAGUGUGGAAACAAUAAAUAUUGAUAAUAUGGGAAGUGAUUCUGAUUUGGAUUCUGAUUUAGAACUAAUUGGACCAUCCUCAUCAUCCACAUAUAUGCAACCUAAAGUUAGAGUGAAAAACGAAGAAAACUUGGGAAGGAAUGAAGUUGAAUCUGAGAUUAGGAAUGAUAAUGAUUAUGAUGAAGCUAAUGAUCAAGAUUUUGAACAAUUACAACCACGUUUAUCUGUAGAUAUAGUAGAAAGGAUUGCAAAGAAUGAUCCAGAAUAUAUGGAUACAGAUGACUCAGCAUAUAUAGCGACAGCAUUUGCUACUGAACUAUUUAUAAAGACUUUGACUAUGGAAUCAAUGAUAAAUGCAAACUUCCAUCGUAUGCCAGUGACGAGGCAGGAAAUUGAGCAACAACCAGAGACGGAAAGUGAUGGAGAUGAAGCACUUGAAGAAAAUCAAAUUGUUAGAUUAACUUAUAAUGAUUUUGCCACUACUGUGAAAUCCAAGGAAUCCUUCCAUUUUCUUGGUGAUUUGAUACCAAUGACUAAAAAUUUGAAAGAUUUGGUACAAGAAAAUAAAGUAAGAUAUACGACGGCAUUGCCUCAAUCACAAAUACUGGGUAGUCAGGGGUAG